UUAAUCUAUUAAACGUUCUGAUCUCAGGGCUGCGUGUAGAGGUGCCCGAGAUAAAAAUGAACAAUGGUAUUAAGAUGCCUGCCGUGGCGUUCGGCACUUAUCUUGGAUUUGAUCAGAAUGGCGUUGUAACUCCAAAGAACCACGAGUUGCGCGACGUUGUCUCCAAGGCGAUCGACAUCGGGUGGCGUCACUUCGACACUGCCGCCAUCUAUGGAACUGAACAGGAAUUAGGAGAAGGUGUGAGAAUGAAGAUUGACGACGGAAAUGUUAAGAGGGAGGACAUUUUUAUUACCACUAAGCUCUGGAACACCAAACAUAAAAGAGAUCAAGUCGCUCAAGCUUUGAGAGAAUCAUUGAAGAAUCUCGGAUUGAAUUACGUGGAUCUUUAUUUGAUACACUGGCCUAUUGGACUAAAUGAAGACAACUCCCACUCUGCAGUAGACUACAUGGAAACAUGGAGAGGAAUGGAGGACGUCCAGAAAUUGGGCUUGGCAAAGUCCAUCGGUGUUUCCAACUUCAACAAAGGGCAGCUGGAACGGGUGUUGAAAGAGGGUAGUGUUAAACCUGCUGCUUUGCAGAUUGAGGUUCAUCCUCAAAUAACACAAUCUGAGUUGGUGGAUUUCGCUCAAAGCAACGACAUCGUCGUCAUGGGAUACAGCCCCUUCGGAUCUCUAGUUAACAGGUAUGAUAUGCCGUUGCCACCUCCUCGUAUUGAUGAUCCUGUCUUGGUGGAGAUAGCUGAAAAGUAUGGAAAGACUACACCGCAAGUAGUUCUUCGAUGGGCGGUCGACAGAAACAUAGUACCAAUACCAAAAACAAUGAAAGUGCACCGUUUGGAAGAAAAUAUCAACAUUUUCGAUUUUAAACUGCAAAAAGAUGAAAUAGACAAAAUUAACGCAUUUGACAAGGGUUUGAGAUACACUCUGCCUUCUUUUUGGCAGUCGCAUCCGUUCUAUCCAUUCGAAAAAAUCGAUAAACCCAUUGAUGAUCCGUUUUUAAAAAAGGAAUAGUGCACGUUUGUGGCUUUUUGUAACAUUCUAAACUCCAUUUUGGUUUUUUAAUUUUUUAUUUAGAUUACAAACUCAGGUCAUUGUUACACACCAUCGACGUAACCAAAAAUUAUGACUAGUUGCUAUAGACUAACACUGCGGCAACGGAAAAGGUUGUUUAGUUGAGAAAUAAAAUAUUUUUGUACAGUGAUUUUUGUAUGUAAUAGCUUCAUUAGG